AUGCUUGCUAGAGCAUCAUCAUAUAAUUAUGAAUAUGGUGCUGAUCUACAAUUAGCACCUAUUAAUGUUACAAAAAAUAAUAUAUUUGCUAGACGUGUAUCUGACUUAGAAACUAAACCUAAAGAAGAAAAAACAAAACAUGAUUCGCAUUCUACUAGUUUGAUACGAGGAAUUUUAACAAAUAUGGGUUAUCCAUGUCGUGUAACAGCUGAAAUUGCGGAUUUUGGUGCAAGAUUUCAAAUUGAAAUAAAUUCAGUAGUUGGGCAAAAAUAA